UUUGGAGAAGGGUGGAACAAUCACGUAAAAAAUAGAGCGCCAAAAAGAAUCUCUCUCUCUCUCCUCUGCAACUUCUUCAUGAGUUUGCCAAUGGAGUCAUCACGCCAUCAUCGUUCGAUCGGUUUAAUCGCCUAUCCGCAGCUGCGGUUUGGUGCUUCUUUUCUCAGCUGACAAAUUAAUUUGCAAUGGAAGAAGCUGGUCUGGCUAUCUCAGAGAAUGGCAAUGAGGAAAAGGCAUUGAAGGGUUUGAUUGAUACAUCCGGCGCGAUGUUAUCCCACGAGGCAAUUGCUUCUGCUAAUGGUGAGUCUGUGAAGGGUGCAGAUGCGGAUGCUCCUGCUUUGUCUAACAUGCCAGGUGGAGCUUCUUCUACAGAUCCAGAUGCCAACUGUAUGGGAGGAAAUGCUGAUAAAUCUGAUGAUUUAUCGUCUCAAUCAUCCUUUCCUGAUAUGUCUCAAAAGCCAACGCGAGCAAAUGGCAAUUCGAAUCCUUCGAAGCUAAAACACGCUCCUGUUGCAAUCGGUACUGUUUCUACUUUUCUUGGUAAGGAUUAUGUCAGAUCACAACCAUCAUCCAGGAGACUUCCCGAGUCGACGAAACCAUUAAAGCUGGAUCCUGAGGUGCUGCCGAUGUCUGCACUCUGGGUUGAUGAAGACAAGGUGCAGACCAAGGCUGACCAGUUGCACAAAGAAAUGGAGGAUUUCCUCUUCAAAAUGCUCGGGGAAGGGUUUCAGCUUGACCGGGAUUUGAUUGGUGAUGUUCUCGGUAAAUGUGGAUAUGACAUGCAAAAGAGCAUGGAGAAGCUGUUUAAGUAUUCAGCUUCUUCUUUGGAUAAAGGCACUCGCCAAGAAUUAUCUCUAAAGAACAAAGAUUUGCACUCUAGGGCCGGAGGAUUCCCGCAGCAGAAAAAGAUUCAACAGACUGGAAGUCAGAGGCUUAGAGAAGUACAUACAAAACAAGAUAGACACAACCUACAGAAAGAAGUUCUGGCUGCACUAUUCACUUCAGGGAGACAUGAGGAAGAAACUAGCUCUCCGGCCGUAGAAAAGUCUGCAGCAUGUUCAACAGUGGUCAGAUCUACAGGAAACUUAGUUGAAUAUCCCGAGAAGUCGACUGUGGUGGACGAGUCUACUGUGGCUAACUCAAAGCAAGACAAUAAUGAUGAUGACGCUGCAGAUGAAGAGGAUAGCUACCAGGCUCUCCGAAAAGCUGUGCAGGAGCACCGGAACACAAUGAAGGAUUAUUAUACAGCAGCUACCGAAGCAUUUCAGACUGGAAAUCAAGUUCGAGCUUACAAACUGUUAGAAAAGGGCCUCUUUUUCCAACAAAAAGCUCGAUUAGCAGAUGAGAAGUCUGCUGAGAAGAUCUUCGAAACUGGUAACAGCAAGGAUGAGGACACAGAAGAUUCGAUGACCCUCAACUUGCAUGAAUAUGAUCCUCGGGAGGCUACACGACUCCUGAAGCAGCACCUUUCGUCGCUAGCUAGCAACCCAGCAUUCAAAUACCUGAAAGUCAUUAUUGAGACGGCUGAUGAAGACAGUUCCAAAGGAGCUCGUGGACGACGGAUCAUGAAGCUAUUGGAAAGAGAAUCUCUUGAGUGGACAGAAGGGGGAACUGCAGGAACAAUAUUGAUCCCGCUUGAGAACAUCAACCGACAGAGCUUGAGCUUUGUCAAGAAAUAGACCCUAUAAGCGUAUUAUAUGAAUUUAAUACCAUAUUGCGGUUACAUAGUCGGACAGACAGAUUUGUGACUUUGAAAGGCCAUCGAUUCUUUUUGAAGAGGAAUUUGAGUUAAUUGGCCGGGGAAACAAAGCCUUCCGUGAAAUUUUGUACAUUUAACUCAAUUGAUACCAGAUCAUGAAUCUUGAGAAUGAAGAUAGUUCAUUUUAGCUUUCUUUA